CCGCCCAUUCGCGGGGCGACUGGCAGAGUGAGACGCACUCUUCCACUGGGGGAGACUUGCGAGGUUGGCAGAGAUCGGGUUGAUGCUGCUGUCUGUGCAGUGAGAUGUAAACCAGUGAUCUGCAUAUGACACGCUCCAAGAAGAUUGUUUCCCUCCCAUAGUUUCACCUGUAUUAUUUUCUUUACGAAUAACAAGAUUUACCUUUCCUUGCAGGCACCGUACUGCUCUGGAUAGGCUAAUCGUAAGGCAGUCUUUUGCCCAAAUCCUUUGUAUUUCAUUAUUUUUUUCAGUUUCAUGGUUGCGUUAUGACUUACCGUGAUUUGAUAGUUUGAUGGGGCUGUUAAGGAUUAUGAUGCCGCCCAAAUUUCAGCUCCUGGCUAUCCUGGCGUUCGGAGUGGCGAUGCUUUUCCUGGAGAACCAAAUCCAGAAACUGGAGGAGUCCCGGGGCAAGCUAGGAUACUAUGUGGAGCAGCUGGCGAAGCCCAGGGUUGACAUGCAAACGAAGAGGGCCAUAGCCAGGCAUGAGGUACGAGAGAUUGAACAGCGGCAUACGAUGGAUGGAAGCAGGGACAGCUCUUUAGAUGAAAGUGACGACGUAAUCAUCAUUUAUAACCGGGUUCCAAAAACUGCCAGCACAUCCUUUACCAAUAUUGCCUAUGACCUGUGUGUGAAGAACAGAUUCCAUGUCCUGCACAUCAAUACAACCAAAAAUAAUCCUGUCAUGUCUUUACAGGAUCAGGUGCGGUUUGUAAAGAAUGUGACCUCCUGGAGGGAGAUGAAGCCUGGUUUCUACCACGGGCAUGUAGCCUUUCUAGACUUCACAAAGUUUGGUGUAAAGAGGAAGCCAAUCUAUAUUAAUGUAAUCCGAGAUCCCAUUGAAAGGCUGGUCUCCUACUAUUACUUUUUAAGAUUUGGUGAUGACUAUAGACCAGGACUUCGAAGGAGGAAACAAGGAGAUAAAAAGACCUUUGAUGAGUGCAUGUCUACUGGGGGACCUGACUGCGCUGCUGAGAAGCUCUGGCUUCAGAUACCUUUCUUCUGUGGUCACAGUUCAGAGUGCUGGAAUGUUGGAAGCAGAUGGGCAUUAGACCAAGCCAAAUACAACCUGGUAAAUGAAUACUUACUUGUCGGCGUCACUGAGGAGCUGGAAGAUUUCAUCAUGAUGCUGGAGGCUGCUCUACCACGUUUCUUCAGAGGUGCCACUGAGCUUUACAGAACAGGGAAGAAGUCACACCUUAGAAAAACAACUGAGAAGAAGCCACCUACCAAGGAGUCCAUCACUAAACUGCAACAGUCAGAGAUCUGGAAAAUGGAGAAUGAAUUUUAUGAAUUUGCUUUGGAACAAUUUCAGUUUGUCAGGGCACAUGCUGUGCGAGAAAAGGAUGGAGAGCUAUAUCUUCUAGCACAAAACUUUUUCUAUGAAAAGAUCUACCCUAAAAUCAACUAGGAGGCCAGACUGAAAAGUCCACAGGACUUAGUCUUGUUCUUAUUUUGUGUGCAUCUGACAGGAAAACAGGUGGAGGACUAAGUGUUAAAAGCGUGAAAGCUGCCUUUUUAAGAGGUACUGCACACUUGCUUCAGCAGCGUAUCCAGGCCGUUGCCAAACAUAGCCUGAACCAUUGAUAACUGUUGCAUUUUCUUCUGUACUUGAAGGACCAUGAAACCUUUGUUUACAGAAUUUACAGUCAAUACACCAUCAGGUUUUGGUCUUGGGAUAUCAAAAUCACACUGUUGUCUUCUCAAUGUGAUGCACAUUCUGUGGGAACAGGUGCAUGGUCAUCUGUUGUCUGUCCAUUUCAACAGUAAGCUGAUACUGUAAAUUAGUAGACACUAAGGCAUCUUAACAAUAACAUCAUGUGAUUCUGUGAACUCUCCAAUGCUGCUCCUACAGUGCCCCCAUUAACAAAGUACUUUUGGAGGCCAUUGAUAGGGAAGGGUGGGUAGGUGAGCUUUUUUUUCUGUUUUCUUUGGAAUAUAUAACUGGGUAGAUUUGUGUUGGCCGCUUUCACUAUCCAUGUAAGACUUCAAGAUUUAUAAACCAGUUUUACUAAUAAUAAAGUAAAUCUUGGUUGAAGGGAAUAAUUAGUACAUGACCUCAGAUUUAGGUGCAUAAUCUUGUAGAUACGAGCCGUCAGCUGUUAAUUUCUUCUGGAAUUUAAUAGAAAGUAAAACAAAACUGUUUACACAACAGAUUCAUUUAGUUAUUGACAGGAUUUUAUUUAAUCUUUACAGAACCGAGUGUUAGUGGGUUAUUAUGUUAUUUCGUUUUAUUAGUUCUUUGCGUUGAUAUGGGAAUCUCAUUAUUCUGUCCUCUGUACUUUUUGUAGAUGUAUUUUUACUAGGAUGCUUUGAAUGGUGUUUUCAAGUAAAGUAACUAAAAAAAAAAAAAA